GUCGUAUAACGCAGGCACGUCACGAGCAGCUUUGUGAUCUAGAUAUGACGUCGUCAUCUUGUUAUCUUCCUCGCUCAAUUCAAUUGCACCCACCAAAGAUAGAUUUUUUUUUUCUUUACCGAGAUAAUCAGCGAAGUGAAGCUAUAGAGCGUGAGACGACGAAAGAAUGAGCUCAUGGGUUUGCUCUUACGUGACCCAAAACGUCAUAGUCACCGAUUAUUCUCAUACUUUCUCAUUAACCCAACACUUUGGUUUUCCGGCGUCGAUUCGAAGAGCAUCCGUCAGAUUACCUUUGACAUCUGCGCCGAAAUUUCGGCAAUUGAAUCUCCAAAGGUUUCAAUCUUCUCGUCAAUCGCCGACCCAUGAAGGAGAAGAAGACUCCGAAUCAGUCGUACAAGCCCUCAAGAUUCCAGACGAGUGGUUGCUCCCUUCCAAGGCCAUUGAGGAAUCUGAAUGGUUGAGAGUAACUCUGCACAAAUGGUUGGAUGAUGAGUAUUGCCCUGAGCCAACCAAUGUAGAGAUCAGUAAUGUAGCUGCAAAGUCUUUCUACAGUUCACUGUUGGAGAAAGAAACUGACAUGGGAGUGAUUUUGUUGAAGAUGGCUCAAGAUUUAACUUCCAUUUCAUACCAAGAAAGCUUCCAUGGAGCUUUCACAUCCGCAAAUGCAGCUAUAAAUUUGAUUGUUGAAAGAGUAGAAACCGGCCUAGUCUAGUUUUAGUUUAGUUCCCUUGAAGGGUUCAAGAACAUUUUCUUUUGUAAAGUAUGAAUCUAAGUUUGUUAUUUCA